CUAGAAAGGGCCAGCGAAACUCACUUUUGAGUAUAAACCCUAGCUCUCUGUUUCCAACACCACUCCUUCACACACACACACACUCUCUCUCUCUCUCUUCCCUCUCUUCCCUCCUCCGUCGCUCCCUCCGUUGUCCGCCGUAACAUCCGCAUCGGCAACGAUGUCAUCCAUGCUGCAACCACAGAUCAUACUGUUGAAGGAGGGUACGGAUACGUCGCAAGGGAAGGCGCAGCUGGUGAGCAAUAUAAACGCCUGCACGGCGGUGGCCGAUGUGGUGAGGACCACGCUGGGCCCUAGGGGCAUGGACAAGCUCAUUCACGACGACAAGGGCAGCGUUACUAUUUCCAAUGAUGGCGCCACCAUCAUGAAGUUGCUCGAUAUUGUUCACCCCGCUGCCAAGAUCCUUGUCGACAUCGCCAAGUCUCAGGAUUCUGAGGUUGGUGAUGGAACCACAACAGUUGUUCUGCUUGCAGGGGAGUUUCUGAAGGAGGCCAAGCCUUUCAUUGAGGAUGGGGUGCACCCACAAAGCUUGAUAAAAAGUUAUCGUACUGCUAGCUAUUUGGCAAUUGAGAAAAUCAAAGAACUUGCUGUAAGCAUAGAGGGCAAAAGCCUUGAAGAGAAGAAAAACCUGCUAGCUAAAUGUGCGGCUACAACACUAUCUUCAAAACUUAUUGGUGGAGAAAAGGAAUUUUUUGCAUCAAUGGUCGUGGAUGCUGUCAUUGCGAUUGGUGAUGAAGAUCGUCUCAACAUGAUUGGAAUAAAGAAGGUUUCUGGGGGCAACAUGCGUGACUCCUUUUUAGUAAAUGGUGUUGCCUUCAAGAAGACAUUUUCAUAUGCUGGAUUUGAACAACAGCCAAAGAAGUUUCUUAAUCCCAAAAUACUUCUACUGAACAUUGAAUUGGAACUGAAAUCUGAGAAAGAAAAUGCUGAGAUAAGGUUGUCAGAUCCAUCCCAGUAUCAGUCCAUUGUUGAUGCAGAAUGGAAUAUUAUUUAUGACAAGUUGGAUAAGUGUGUGCAGAGUGGGGCCAGGGUUGUUCUUUCACGGCUGGCCAUAGGCGAUCUAGCAACACAGUAUUUUGCAGAUAGAGAUAUAUUCUGUGCUGGACGUGUAACUGAAGAAGAUCUGCACCGGGUAGCUGCUGCCACUGGUGGGACUGUGCAAACAUCCAUCAACAAUGUUAUUGAUGAGGUCCUUGGAACGUGCGAGUGUUUUGAGGAAAGGCAAGUUGGAAAUGAGAGGUUUAAUAUAUUUAGUGGAUGUCCGUCAGGUAGGACAGCUACAAUUGUUCUUCGUGGUGGAGCUGAUCAGUUCAUUGAGGAAGCUGAGCGAAGUUUACAUGAUGCUAUUAUGAUUGUCAGAAGAGCGCUAAAGAAUUCAACUGUAGUUGCUGGUGGUGGUGCUAUAGAUAUGGAAAUCAGCCGGUACUUGCGGCAGAAAGCACAUGAAAUUAGGGGGAAGUCUCAGUUUUUCAUUAACUCUUAUGCAAAAGCUCUUGAGGUUAUCCCACGGCAGCUCUGUGAUAAUGCGGGAUUUGAUGCAACUGAUGUGCUAAACAAACUUAGACAGAAACACGCGCAUCCAUCUGGCGAGGGUGCACUUUAUGGAGUUGACAUCAACACAGGUGGAAUUGCUGAUUCAUUUGCUAACUUUGUCUGGGAGCCAGCUGUUGUGAAGAUCAAUGCUAUAAAUGCUGCUACUGAGGCUGCUUGCCUUGUUUUAAGUGUCGACGAGACAGUAAAAAACCCAAAGUCCGAGAGUGCACAGGGAGAAGCUGCUGCAAGUGCCAUGGGAGGUCGAGGUCGUGGAGGCGGUCGUGGGCGCGGGAUGCGAAGACGAUAGAUUUGAGAAGGUUCUCAAAAACUCUGGAAGCAUUUUGUGUCAAAGUCAGAUGUGCUAAGUAGUCGACGUUGUAUCUCUUGUUUGAACCAACUUUCAUGUCUAUUCGCUCUCUCCGCCCCCUCUCGGGGCCUUUUAAUUUUUUUAAUUAUGUUUUUACCAGAGACGUAUCUUAAAUUAAUCUGAACUGUAAGACAGGAUUCGAACUUGGUUGCAUAGAGGGGCGCACAUUUGUUUAGCCAAUUUGGCUAUUCUCACGUCUGCGGAUUUAGGCAUUGUUUAGUAUCAAAGUGCAAAAGUAUUAAACAUUUUGUAGAUGGAUAAUUUAUUUGUUAAUUUAGAAUCAGUGUUUGGCAA